AUGAAAAACCGAAAAUGCUCGAAAUUCUUCCCGAAGCGUUUCCAAGAAGAUACGAUUGUUGAUGCAGAUGGCUAUCCCCUAUACAGAAGACGCGCUAAUUCCCAUGUCAUACAAAAAAAUGGUUUCUCUUUUGACAAUCGACAUGUCGUUCCUUACAAUACAAGAUUCCUAUUGAAAUAUCAUGCACAUAUUAACAUGGAGUGGUGUAACCAAAUUACAUCAAUCAAAUAUCUAUUCAAAUAUAUUCACAAGGGAUUUGAUAGAAUCGGUGCAACAAUUUCAACUUCUAACAACAAUUCGGGAAUCGAUAGAGAGCCUGUGGAUGAAAUUAAACAGUAUCUGGAUUGUAGAUAUGUCUCCCCGAGUGAGGCGUGUUGGAGGAUUUACUCCUACAACAUCCAUGGCAGGAAACCGGCGGUCGAACGUAUGUAUUAUCAUUUAGUAGGUGAGCAAGCAGUUUACUACCCGGAUCACGCGAGAAUGGAAAAUAUUUUGGAAAAAGCAAGUGUGACGGAGUCUAUGUUUACUGCUUGGUUUGUUGCUAACGCGAAAUAUGAGGAGGCAAGGUCACUGACAUAUGGACAGUUUGUCACUAAGUUUGUUUAUGAGAAAAAGAGCAGAACAUGGAAACCGCGGAAAAAGGGCUUCACCAUUGGUCGUUUAAUUUGGGUUCCCCCAACCACUGGAGAGUUGUUUUACUUGCGACUGAUGUUGACUGUGGUUAAAGGACCCUUAACUUUUGAAGAAAUUCGCAAAGUUGGUGGGACCCAGUUAGAUACUUUCAGGGAUGCCUGCUUUGCCAUGGGAUUCCUAGAAGAUGACCGGGAAUACAUUGGGGCAAUACGCGAGGCGAGCGAAUGGGGGUCGGGGCAUUUUCUCCGCAAGCUUUUUGUAGUAAUGCUUUUGUCUUCUGCUGUUAAUAGGCCUGGUCAUCUUUGGGAUGAGACAUGGAGUCUACUAUCUGAUGGUCUGCUGCAUCAGCAGAGACAGCUAGCUCACAAUGCAGAGGAGGAGUUGAAGAAUUUGACAUUAACGGAAAUUGAAAAGAUACUACAAGCAAAUCGAAGAAGCCUCACCGACUUUAAACCAAUUCCAUAUCCUGAUGGAUACGUUCUACAACAAUUAGGGAAUAGGCUGAUUUAUGAUGAACGGAGUUAUGAUGUGCCUACAAUGAGAACUCAAUUUACGUCACUUUUCAAUGCUCUGACAGGUGAGCAAAGGUCAAUAUUUGAUAAAAUUAUGGCGUCUGUUCGAGAUCAAAAGGGUGCUGUGUACUUCCUACAUGGUUACGGUGGAACCGGUAAAACUUACAUGUGGCGAACACUAGCAAGUGCAUUGAGGUCCAAACAUGACAUAUGUCUUACCGUGGCAACGAGUGGUAUAGCUUCUUUAUUAUUGCCCGGUGGUAGAACGGCACAUUCUAAAUUCAAGAUACCUGUCCCAACCAUGGAGAAUUCAACAUGCAAGAUUGACUAUAAUGACGACGUAGCAGAGCUAUUACGACAAACAAAGCUUAUUAUCUGGGAUGAAGCACCAAUGGCACACAAACACGCUUUUGAAGCACUCGAUCGAACUUUGAAGGACGUAAUGUCUAAGUACGGUAAUUCAGAGGAAAUCUUUGGUGGAAAGGUUGUUGUGUUCGGAGGUGAUUUUAGACAGAUUUUGCCCGUUGUUCCUAGAGGUAGUCGUUCUGAUAUCGUACAUUCUGCCAUAAAUGCUUCUUACAUAUGGCGUUCUGUCGAAGUUUUAACUUUAACACAUAACAUGCGGCUGCAAUCCGGGCCAAAUGAAGCUGAAAAACAGGAAAUUGCUGACUUCUCAAAGUGGCUGUUGCAAAUUGGUGAAGGCAAACUUUCUGAGCCAAAUGAUGGCUUCGCCGACAUUCAAAUGCCACCAGAACUGUUGAUCACUGAUUACACAGACCCAAUCGUCGCCAUCGUUAAUAGUACUUAUCCUGAUUUUAGCUCAAAUUACCUGUCUAACGACUACCUCAAAAGUAAGGCGAUACUUGCUUCUACGUUGGAAGUUGUUGAUAAAAUCAACAAUCACGUCCUUGAUCUGAUGCCAGGGGAUACCAAAGAUUACUACAGCUCAAACACUGUCGACAGAUCUGAAAUUCACGACACCAACGUAGUGGAUAUACUCACACCCGAGUUUCUCAGUUCGCUAACUACUUCAGGGUUACCUAACCACCUAAUUAGAUUGAAGGUAGGAACACCUGUUAUGCUUAUGCGUAACAUAGAUCAGUCGGAGGGUCUGUGCAACGGAACAAGGGUAAUGAUAACUAAGAUGGGAAACCAUGUCAUCGAGGCGAAAAUAAUGGCUGGAAAAGGUUGUGGAAACUUGGUUUACAUCCCUCGAAUGGAUAUGUCUCCCUCGCAGUCUCCUUGGCCCUUCAAACUCAAACGGCGUCAAUUUCCAAUAAUUGUCUCAUAUGCGAUGACGAUCAAUAAAUCUCAAGGACAAUCUCUGGACACAGUAGGACUUUAUUUGCCAAGAGACGUGUUUACUCAUGGCCAAAUCUAUGUGGCACUGUCAAGGGUAACGACGAAGCAAGGAAUCAAAAUUUUGAUAUACGACGAAAGCGACAAAUCGAAGUCUACUACUACAAAUGUUGUGUAUAAAGAGACUAGGUGUUUAUUGUGCCACGGGAUAACAAUGACAGGAAUUCCCCAGCCAUGCAAAAGAGGAACCAAAAAUCGCCUCGAUGACAGCAAGUCUGCAGAUGUAUUUUCACCUUUCAAUGACUUGUCUGUGUAA